UUGACAACGUGGCAUGUGAGAAGUCUACGAGGAGUCGUAAGCGCAGGAGCUAUGGGACUCUGAGUUCUUCCUGCGACAGGGUCUCCUGUUCCUGAAAUCUUCGACACCAAUCAGCUUCGACUUUCAGUCUCAGCAAGAGCUCGGUCAGGAUGGACAACCCAGGUGCGAUACUUGCUUCUACGGUGACUUCAACAGCUGCGUUGGGAUUCGUCCCGGUGGCGAUCUACUUCAACCUCUUCCAAGUGCUGAAUAAGAUAGGACCUGUUGCCACCGCCUCAGCUCUUACCCACGCCUCGAAUGAAGAGAGGUCCGAAGAGGAGAAAACAAGGACGCCGUUAUGUAAGGAACGUGAUAUGCACAAACUGGGGUCAUACUAAUGGUUCCGAAGGUCUUCGAUUAACAGAGGAUACAAUGUUGGCUAUGGGCGGACUGGGUCUGGUUGACGUUGUGGACGACACAACAUUUCGUGUCAAUGCCAUCACGAGGCACAUGAUCGAAGUGCCGUCGUCGAUACAUGGCAUGCUGCACUUCACAACUGAACCGCUUUGGGCUGCUGCUUUCCUGAUGCGAAAGCUUCAGGACACCAAGUUCGAAUAUCCAUUCCAAGAAAACAAGACGCCUACUCAGUAUGGCUAUAAGCUCAUUGGCGAAGACCGUUUCGCUACUGAACAUACUUACUCCAUCAUGCAAAGCCAAGGUCGAAUGCCCAGUUUCAACCUCUUCAUGGAAGGUAAAUUCGGAAGCUUUGGUACGAUGCCAGAGCGACUCAAGAGGUUUGGUUACGAUCUAGAGCAUGUUCUGCGGAGCAAAGAGAGUGAUAUAGCCGUGGUGGACGUUGGUGGUGGGCGAGGUGAAAUGCUGCUCGAGGUGAAGAGAGCGUUUCCCCAUCUCAAAAAGGAGAAUUUGGUCCUGCAAGACUAUCAUCCCGACCAAAUCAACGCAGAAGAAGUGACCAUCACUCAUUGGGACUUCAAGGAUGAUUCUCCCGAAGGGAUACGGGGAGCCACCGUGUACAGCUUGACGCAUAUCUACCACAAUCUUUCCGAUCUGGAGGCUUUGAGGUUGAUGAAGAAGAUUUCGGAUGCCAUGGCUCCCUACUCUAGAAUGCUGAUACACGAAUUCUCGAAGAACGCGACUUACGGCAAAAUGCAUGCAACUAUGAUCGAGUUGUACGCCGGAAGACUGCGAAGCAGUCGGGAGUGGAAGCAGAUGGCGGACAUGGUAGGCCUCGAGGUCACAUUCGAAGCAUAUGCUGUUGCUGGAGAAGGACUGGUCGAAAUGAGAAAGCUCAACCGUUCGCAAUAGCGGCGAGUAUGAAGUAUACAGUAGGACGAAUACAGAGUAAUUUGUGGCAUGGAAGAUGAGCACACGGGAAGUUCCCUGCAAGUCUCCAGCGCUACUAAUGUAUUAGAGCUGCGACGCGAGACAAG